AAUAAGUCUUUGGAAUUCCCAGGUUACGUGAACACGGCAAAUGUCGCCGUUGGCCAAUGCCGGGGGUUCAGUGACGUCACGGGGUGGAAGACGACGACAGAGCAGGAAUGAAAACAAGAGAGAGGCACGCCUUCUUUCUGAAAGGUUAUAGCAGCUUAAUAAGUGCUGCUGUCAGAACUGCACGAAGAGGGUAAAUAAUACCAGCAACGACAACUACUCCGACAAAAGCACGCCUAUGACUCGAUAAACAUCGAGCGUACCCCUACAGAAAUGGAGCCCACAGAAAUGACAGACUUCGUUCACACGAGCCGUUGAUAAAAGCGACCGAACAGAACACUUGACUCAGGAAUCUCGUGGUGAACAAAAAAAUGCCCAACCAGAAGAACAACAAGGGGAAGAAGAGCAAACGCACCAACAGUAGCGGAGAUGAACAGGAAAAUGGAGCCUGCGCGGCCGCAACAGGAGGCGCGGCCGUGGUUGCUGCUGCUGCUGCUGCUGCUGCACCCGGGAGCGAGCGUUCGAGUGAGGCCCAGUGCGCAACCCCUCUGGGCUGCAGCUUGGGCCGUCCCAUUGACCUGGAGAAGGAUGACUACCAGAGGAUCCAGUGCAACCACGAGCUCUGCCCCUACGGAAACUGGAUGCAUCUGCAGUGUUUCUACGAGUGGGAGAGCUCCAUUCUGGUCCAGUUCAACUGCAUCGGCCGCGCGCGCUCGUGGAAUGAGAAGCAGUGUCGCCAGAACAUGUGGACCAAGAAAGGAUACGACCUGGCUUUUAGGUUCUGCUCCUGCCGCUGCGGCCAAGGUCAUCUGAAAAAAGACACGGACUGGUAUCAGGUGAAGCGCAUGCAGGACGAGCGAAAGAAGAAACCGUCCGAGAGGAGCACCGGAAGGCCGGGCUCCUGCGGAGGGGCGUCCGGCUCCGGGGACGGCGUAUUUGAGGAGCCCAGGAAAAGCAAGCCAGCGGGAGGCGUCGGCAAAACGGUGCACAGAGCGUCGAGUCAGGAGCUGCCGCCGAGACAGUCGGUGGACCGCCAGAACUCCGUCGAGAGAGGAGCAGGAGCAGCAGCAGGAGGUGUCUUUCCUUUCGGGCCCCCUUUGAAGUCUCCAUGUGACUCCCCGGGACAGUCGCCUCCGACCGGUUUCUCCUUUUCGCCAACUUCUGUCCACGGACCUGGCGGAGUCGGUCCAGGUUUUCGGGGUUCCCGUCAAUUAGGAGAAUUCCUCAAAUCCGCAGUGCACAUGGACGCCCAGCGGAAGCAUCUUUUGGUCGGGGGAGCCCUCGGCCGAGCCUCCGGUUGCAUCGCCCACCUCGACCCGGCGGCCGUUCUACCCUUGCCGAUGGCCUUCACGCUCCCACUUCAUCACCGACUCGCCUCGGGCGGCUUAGGCGACGGCCCCCUUCCUCAGCCCGUGCAGUUCCUGAGGAGGUUGGAUCUCUCGGAGCUUCUCACUCACAUUCCUCGCCAUAAACUCAACACCUACCAUGUUCGAAUGGAGGACGACGCCCAGGCCGGCCAGGGAGAAGAACUGCGCAGGUUCAUCCUUUCCACGCUCAGCGCAAGCCAGAGGAACGUGGUCAACUGCGCGCUCUGUCACCGAGCGUUGCCGGUGUUUGAGCAGUUCCCGCUGGUGGACGGCACCAUGUUCCUCAGCCCGGCACGCCACGAUGAGAUCGAGUACGACGUACCUUGCCACCUGCAAGGCAGGUUAAUGCACCUCUAUGCCAUAUGUGUGGAUUGUCUAGAAGGUGUCCACAAGAUCGUAUGUAUCAAAUGCAAGUCUCGCUGGGAUGGGAGCUGGCACCAGUUGGGCACCAUGUACACUUACGACAUCCUGGCUGCUACACCUUGUUGUCAGGUAGACUGCGGAGAGAGCGCGGCUCGCCUCAACUGUAAACACUGCGGGAAGCCGGUGGUGGAUGUUCGUGUGGGUAUGCAGUAUUUCUCUGAAUACAGCAACGUGCAGCAGUGCCCUCACUGCGGCAACCUGGACUAUCACUUUGUCAAACCGUUCUCAUCCUACAAAGUUCUCGAGGCUUAUUGACAAAUGUUGUUCCUGCAUGCUAGUUAAUCCUGCGUUGAUUUUUUUUUUUUUUUUACAGUUUAGUCAAGUUUCUAUUUUCAAGUGUGAGGAAGAGCUCAAGAUUAGUUGGACGUCUUAGGUUUCCACUUGUACCGUUUUCAGCCUUUUAAAAAGUACGCGCAGAGCAACACUCUUGAGAAAGUCCCAAAGAGGGGUCUCAUGCUGAACGUGCAAGAAAGGUGUCGGAUUAAGUGUGAAACGCAACUAAUUUGUGACAAGUGAAUGUAUCUGUAAGCCAAAUUAGAUUUUUAUUUUUAUCAUGAAAUGAUAUAAUUCUUGAAUAAAGGUAAGAUACAUAGCGA